AUGGAUCAGGAUCAGUUCGACAGCUUAGACAAACAUACACAAUGGGGAAUUGACUUCUUGGAAAGAUAUGCCAAAUUUGUUAAAGAGAGGAUAGAAAUUGAACAGAACUAUGCGAAACAACUGAGAAAUCUGGUUAAGAAGUACUGUCCCAAGCGUUCAUCUAAAGAUGAAGAGCCAAGGUUUACUUCAUGUAUAGCCUUCUUUAAUAUCCUCAAUGAGUUAAAUGACUAUGCGGGACAGCGAGAAGUAGUAGCAGAAGAAAUGGCGCACAGAGUAUAUGGUGAAUUAAUGAGAUAUGCUCAUGAUCUGAAAACUGAAAGAAAAAUGCAUCUCCAGGAAGGACGGAAAGCUCAACAAUACCUUGACAUGUGCUGGAAACAGAUGGAUAAUAGUAAAAAGAAAUUUGAAAGAGAAUGUAGAGAGGCAGAAAAGGCACAACAGAGUUAUGAAAGAUUGGAUAACGAUACUAAUGCAACCAAGGCAGAUGUCGAAAAGGCUAAACAGCAGUUGAAUCUGCGCACACAUAUGGCUGAUGAGAAUAAAAAUGAAUAUGCUGCACAGUUACAGAACUUCAAUGGAGAACAACACAAACAUUUCUAUGUAGUAAUUCCUCAGAUUUAUAAGCAACUACAAGAAAUGGAUGAACGAAGGACAAUUAAACUCAGUGAGUGUUACAGAGGAUUUGCAGACUCAGAACGCAAAGUUAUUCCUAUCAUUUCAAAAUGUUUGGAAGGAAUGAUUCUUGCAGCCAAAUCUGUUGAUGAAAGAAGAGACUCUCAAAUGGUGGUAGACUCCUUCAAAUCUGGUUUUGAACCUCCAGGAGACUUUCCCUUUGAAGACUACAGUCAGCACAUUUAUAGAACCAUUUCUGAUGGGACUAUCAGCGCAUCCAAGCAAGAGAGUGGGAAGAUGGAUGCCAAAACCACAGUAGGAAAGGCCAAGGGCAAAUUGUGGCUCUUUGGAAAGAAGCCAAAGGGCCCAGCUCUAGAGGAUUUCAGUCAUCUGCCACCAGAACAGAGACGUAAAAAACUACAGCAGCGCAUUGAUGAACUUAACAGAGAACUACAGAAAGAAUCAGACCAAAAAGAUGCACUGAACAAAAUGAAAGAUGUAUAUGAGAAAAAUCCACAAAUGGGGGAUCCGGGAAGUUUGCAGCCUAAAUUAGCAGAAACCAUGAAUAACAUUGACCGCCUACGAAUGGAAAUCCACAAAAAUGAGGCUUGGCUCUCUGAAGUUGAAGGCAAAACAGGUGGGAGAGGAGACAGAAGGCAUAGCAGUGACAUAAAUCAUCUUGUAACACAGGGACGAGAAAGUCCUGAAGGAAGUUACACUGAUGAUGCAAAUCAAGAAGUUCGUGGGCCACCCCAACAGCAUGGUCACUCCAAUGAGUUUGAUGAUGAAUUUGAGGAUGAUGACCCUUUGCCUGCUAUUGGACACUGCAAAGCUAUUUAUCCUUUUGAUGGACAUAAUGAAGGUACUCUGGCAAUGAAAGAAGGAGAAGUUCUGUACAUUAUUGAGGAGGACAAAGGUGACGGAUGGACAAGAGCUCGGAGACAGAAUGGUGAAGAAGGCUACGUCCCCACGUCAUACAUAGAUGUAACUCUAGAGAAAAACAGUAAAGGUGCAGUAACUUAUAUCUAAAUGCAUUAGGCAGCUUUGUGCCAUGUGUGGCAUAGGAAUGGUAACAUGAAAUGAGACACAUUCAACAGGUUGGAAAAAAUAAGAAAACUUAAAAGGCAUCCAAGAUUUAUUGUUCACUGUGUGAGCUGAGUGUAGGCCUGACCUUAGAGAUGUGAAUAUUAUCAUAAGAAACUGCUACGUGGCGCUUUACUGUUUGAGUAAUGUUGGUGUGAAGCUUAAUUGAUGCCUUUUGCUUUAUGUCCUGCUUAAGUCUGUGUGAAGGAUUUGUGUUUUUUCUGCCUUAUAAAAAGCAGAAUUUGAUUCAUUGGGCAGGAAUCUAUAUAGAGAAUGAUCCCCCAUCCUCUCUACUUCAGAAUGCACAGUAACGGUAGUGAUUCACAUAGUUGGACUGCUCCGAAGUGCUAUUGAAAGCUAAUUCCCAAAAGAGUAGUUUGUUCCAGGAAUUUGAAUCUGUAGCUACAGUUUUCAGAGAGAAAAGUAGUAGUUAGCUAACUAGGUAAAGUAAUAAUAUUAUGAUUUCCAUUUUCCUUUCCAGUUUUAACUUUGACUUUCUAAAGGAAAAAAUAAGCAUCUAGUACGUGAUCUAUUUAAGUAGUAGAUUAAUCAGGAGACCUGCAAAAUAAAUCACCCGGUCUACCUCUUAAUGAAUAAAACAGCUUUCUCCUGAGAACUGAAAAUAUUUUCAGGUUUACUGGUGAUUUUCAAUAAUAUACAAGUUACCUUCCUUCCAAAUUAAUAUUUUGCUUAUACUUUUCCAUUUUGAAAAUGUCUUUUAGGAAAUAAAAGACUGCUUUAGCGAUUACUUAGUAUUUAGCAGUUAUUCUUAAGAAAAUAGAUUCUAAAUCAACAAAGAUAGAGGGAAUGUUGAAUCAAGAAGUAGUACUAGCAAACUUUUAAAAGAGAAACAGCUUUUUUGACUAACAGGGUUAAGUUAAUGUCCCUUAAGGGCAUUUCCUCAUUUUAUCCAAAUCAUCAGUUACUGGAAUAGAUUUAGUUAAUUUCAACAAGCUUUUGUUGGAAGCACCAUGCAGCCCAGGACUGUGCAGUGUUCACUGACCACACCCUGAAUGAGUUGUGUGGGGAGGUAACGUGAGGAAGCAGUGAGACUGGGUCUUGAUUUUGCUUAUGUUUCAGUUUUUUCUAAUGUUUUCUGUAGCUGACUAUAAAAUGAUUUUAGAGACAUUUGGGACAGAGACUAUAAACUGAACACACCUUUUGGUCUUACCAAAGGUCUUCAGUAAUUGUUCUUUUCUUUUUCCUCCUGGACUGCAGGUUCCUGAAGAGGGUUUCUGAGGAAAUGGGCAAGAUGUUGAAGGAGGUUACAUGCAGCUGCUUUUGGGGGGAGGGUAUUAGAGUUGGCAGGCUCAAAGAGAGAGUGAGAGAAGCUAGUUGCAUGAGUGCAUGCAGAU